CUACGAUCUGCUCCCAAGUACCCAUUUCCCAAAACAAAUAUUGGCAAAGAAAAUCCUUGUAUAAACCGUCUACCUCAAUCUCAUCAAGCAAUGGCGGCCACAUGUGGUGAAAAUUCUGAGAGAGUCCUACAUUACCAAGAGAUCCUUGUCUUGUGGACUUUAUAAGCCAUGAGCAUCCCUCCUCUCUGAAGGCGUCUUUUGAUGGUGAGUUAGGCUCAUUAGUCUUUAACAUGGUAUCAUAACGGAUUCUUUGGGUUGUUGGGCGACUCCCCCUAUUGGUCCACGUGUAUGGCCAUAAUACCACACGUGAGGGAACAUGUCAAAGAGUUCCAUAUUACCAAGAAAUCUUUAUCUUGUGGACUUUAUAAGUCAUGAGCGUCCCCUCUCUCUCAAGGCCUUUUUUGAAGCAAAAGUUGUCUCGCUGGACUUGCUCCUCUUCAAGCAGUACUAUUUGAUGUAGAUGGAACUUUAUGUGAUUCAGAUCCACUCCACUGGUAUGCCUUCCGUGAAAUGCUUCAAGAGAUUGGAUUUAAUGGAGGGGUUCCAAUUACUGAGGAAUUCUUCGCUGAGAAUAUUGCUGGCAAGCAUAACGAUGAUAUUGCUGCAUUCCUCUUCCCUGAUGAUAUUCAAUGGGGCUUAAAGUUCACGGAUGAUAAGGAAACCAUGUUCCGAAGAUUGGCCAAAGAACAGCUGGAGCCUGUGAGUGGCAUAUAUAAAGUGAAAAAAUGGAUUGAAGAUCGAGGGUUGAAACGGGCUGCAGUUACCAAUGCUCCGAGACCAAAUGCCGAACUCAUGAUCUCAAGACUUGGCCUGUCAGAUUUCUUCGAAGCUGUUAUUCUCGGAAGCGAAUGUGACCAUGCCAAGCCACACCCAGAACCUUACUUGAAAGCCCUUGAAAUACUCAAUGUAUCAAAGGAUCACACUUUUGUAUUUGAGGACUCUGUUUCGGGAAUUAAAGCUGGAGUGGCGGCUGGUAUGCCGGUAGUUGGUCUAACUACUAGGAAUUCAGAACGCUCUCUGAUGGAAGCAAAGCCUACCUUCCUUAUAAAGAAUUAUGAUGAUCCAAAAUUGUGGGCAGCCUUAGAAGAACUUGAUAAGAAAUCAGGUACUUCUACAGAUGCAGCUUGAAACAUUCAUAGAAAAUUCCUUGCUAAAACUCAAAACUGUUAAAAUAAUUUUGUUGGAGAUGAGCCUUUUGGUCCUUCACUUGUAGCUGCUUGACCUGCUAUUGAUACGCUAUUAUUUAGUCAAUAGUAAAAUAAAAGUACAUUUUGAUCUUUUUAUGUCUGUGGGGAUUACUCUAUUUGGAGAUAUAAUUAUGUUUUGAGAUACA